GCACCCUGCUGCUGGCGGCCGUCCGGCGCCGCGACGGCGGCCUCUACCGCUGCACCGCCCGCAACGCGGCCGGCAGCAAAAGCCUCACGACGCAGGUUGAUGUGCAGUUUUCUCCGGACAUUGCAUCUCCGGACGAGCCGGCACUGGAGGUGACCGAGAACGCCACCGUCUUCCUGGCGUGUGACGUCAGCGCCGAGCCCGUGCCCCGCGUCCUCUGGGUUAAGCACGGCCAGUUGAUUGUGCCUCUGGACAGCAGACUGUGGGUGCACGCCAACAACACGCUGCAGAUCAGCUCCGUGACCGAGGACGACACGGGCGUAUACACGUGCCACGUGAACAACACGCGCGGCACGGCCAGCGCUCGCCGCGCGCUCGUGGUGCACGCGCCGCCGCGCAUCGUCAGCAUUGAGGCGGACGUGGGGCCUGCGGUGGAGUACGAGCUGGAGCGGCCGCCGCCGCGGCUUGAGCGGCGCGAGCUGGACCGGAAUGGGGGCAGCGUCGCUACAGAUGAAGCCAACCCCGCCCUAACGUCAAUGAGGGGUGACCAAUCACCAUUCUCUGUGACCUGCGACCCGAUGACAUAG